AUGCCCAUUCCGGUAAAGGGUCACGAGCCCAACACUAAGGCCAUCCACAUGUUUGUCGGUGAGAGCGCUCCGGUUCCCGGCCAGGGCCUCGGUCAGGGGAAGACAGCCGGUGAUGGUCUUGCCACUCAAUCUGGUGAGAUCUCGCGCACAACCUUUCGCCGUUUCAGGUCCGUUUACCCACAUCCCUACGUCGCUGGAAGUAAAUUGCCGUCGCAGCAAUCCAGCGAAAGAGGUGUUCCAACAUCCUCCACAAGCUCUGAGCUUCCCUUAUCUACCAGCGUCGUCUUGACAUUUCAGAUUCCCGCCAUUCGAUUGAUGAUGGCCGUCAUUGACACUUCCAAAGAUUUGGCCGCCCUCUUCUACCAACAGGUGCAAGCAACUCCAAAUGCUGUGGCCCUUGAAGAUGAGACUAGAAGCCUGACUUACGCUGAGCUGGAGCGUGAGACGGCUGUUCUGGCUCAUAGACUACGCCUUCGUGGAGUAUGCCGGGAUAAGCUAGUUGGCAUACUGUUGGGGCGCAGCGCUGACUACGUGAUCGCAUGUCUUGCUGCGCUUCGUGCCGGGGGGGCUUUCUUGGUCCUCGAGCUGGCCUACCCCCCUGGACUUCUGGCCGAUGUCAUUGAAGAUGCGGGCCCAACUGUCAUCAUCACCCACAGAGCUCAUGCAGGAAAGGUUUCUUCAAGCCAAUCGAGCCUCAUUGUUCUUGAUGAGCAGGACAGCACAGAUGCGUCAAACGGCACAGAAAAUCCUCUCCCCCCACUACCGAACGAUGAGGACCUUGAUAGACUUGCGUUCGUGUCAUAUUCUUCGGGAACCACGGGUCGGCCGAAAGGCAUCGCAAACCCCCACAGCGCUCCGGUGCGCUCCUACAACUUGAGAUUCGGUCUGAGUGACCUGAAACCUGGCGACAGAGUCGCUUGUAAUGUUUUCUUCGUGUGGGAAAUCCUCAGACCUCUUAUCCGUGGAGCAACAGUGUUUGCUGUUCCAGACGAGGCAAGCUACGACCCCGUGGCUCUUGUUGAACUACUCUCGUCGAGGCAGAUCACGGAAACACUUAUGACCCCAACAUUGCUUGCAACUAUUUUAGCAAGAAACACGAAGUUGACCAGCUUAAAGGAGUUGCGUACGCUAUGGCUUAACGGCGAGGUUGUGACAACGGAUCUCGCCAGGAGGGCACUCAAAGCGCUUCCAGAAUCCACUCGCCUUCUGAACUGUUACAGUGCCAGUGAGACACAUGAGAUCGCUUGUGGCGAUAUCAAAUCCAUGCUCAACGAUGAAGCAACUGUGUGUGCUGUUGGGCCGCCUCUAGACCCCAAACACACCUACAUUCUGGGCCAGAAUCGUGAGAAGCUUGAGCCGGGUUUGAGUGGAGAGCUGUUCGUAGGUGGUGGGUUGUUAGCCAGGGGAUACCUCAACCUUCCUGAGGUCACAUCCAAAGUUUUCAUUCCUGAUCCAUUCAGUCCAGGACAGCUCAUGUAUCGCACUGGUGAUCUUGCUAGAAUACUCCCUUCUGGUCUCCUGGAAAUUCUGGGCCGCGUUGGUGGCAUGAUCAAAGUUCGAGGGUAUACGGUGCAGCCUGGAGCAGUCGAGCAUACCAUAAUGAAGCGAUUGGCUGUCAGUCAUUGCGCCGUAGUUGCUCAUGGAGAUGGUCUCGAACGCCAACUGGUUGCCUACUUCGUCCGGGACGAAGAGCCAGCAGGCCGCUCCGAGUUCACGGUAGAGGAAUCCGGCUACAGCCCGACAGCUAGAAAGGUGCUGACCUCACAUCUGGCGCACUACAUGAUUCCCGCUCUUUGGUGCGAGCUCCGAGAGAUUCCGACACACGAGGUUUCUGGAAAGGUUGACCUCAAGGCGCUACCGACUCCAUCUACCUCGAAACCACGAAAUGGAGUCACUGGCGCCGGUGAUGACCGCAACACGGAGAUUAAAAUUGAGACAAUUUCUAAGAUAUGGGCCGCUUCCUUGAACUUGUCAGUCAGAUCAGUGACUCAAGAGCACGAUUUCUUCGACUUGGGCGGCCACUCGUUAGCACUUGCCGAUUUGGCCAGCCGCUUGUCAGAAGCAUUCGGUUUUCCUAUUCCGUUGUCACGCCUCGCAGGGACACCAACACUCGAGGGUCACGCUGAGGCUAUCCGUGCUGCACGCGAUGGCCAUACCGCAGCCGUGCAAGCAGACUUGCCGAAAGUACUUCUGGCUGAUUCGACACUGCCAGAUGACAUCAAGGCUACAGGAUCCAAAAUUCGCCCUCUCAGUGAGGCGAAUACUGUUCUGCUCACCGGUGUGACUGGGUACCUUGGGGCGUUUCUCCUCACAUCCAUUCUAGAAAGCACCACUGCUCGGGUAGUUUGUUUAGUUCGCUUCACUCAUCCUUCUGGAGAGGCUCGGGGUGAAGGCAUGUCUCGUCUUCGCAAGAACUUGAUUGAUCUUGGUAUAUGGAAUCAGGCAAUCCUGGAUCGGGUUGAGGUUCUGCCCGGAAAUCUGGGCCGGAAACGUCUUGGCCUUACGCCUGAUACCUUCGAAGAGCUUGCUUCUCGCGUCGACGUGAUUAUUCAUGCUGGCGCCACCGUCAACCUUGUAUACCCAUAUGCAGCCAUGCGUGGUGCCAACGUUGGGGGCACAAGAGAAAUUCUAAGACUGGCCAGCCGAAGCGGAGCUACUGUUCAUCAUGUUUCUACCAAUGGAGUCUUGCCACCGUCUUCGGAAGGCUGGCCAGAGGAUGCCAUGUUGGGUAUCGAUGAGGUUCCGGAGAAACUUCUUGAUGGCUAUGGUCAAACCAAAUGGGUUGCGGAGCAGCUUGUUCUAGAGGCUGGCCGCCGGGGAUUGCCUGUCAGAAUCUACCGUCCAGGGACCAUCAGUGGCCACAGCACCCUCGGAUCAACAAACACGUACGACUUGUUAACAGCACUCAUUGUGGAAUCCAUCCAGCUGGGCUAUGCUCCAGAUAUUAAAGGGUGGCUUGCGGAGAUGACACCUGUAGACUAUGUCAGCAAGGCUAUCACUACACUGGCUUGUCACACCGAAUUGGACCAGCCUAUCUUCCAUGUUGGCGACCCCAAGCCAGUGACCGCUACAGCCCUCCUCGAGGAUCUCGCUGAGAUUGGGUAUCCGACGAGAGCACUGGAUUGGGACAACUGGGUGUCGCUCUGGACCGAGAGGAGAGGCGCCAGCAAGGCCGGCGAUGACUCGUUUACUGCUGGCAUCCUUCGUCGUGGCAUGCCGACUAUCGAUUUUCUGAAGGCAGUCACCGUCCUUAACGACUCCAAGACCCAACAUAUCCUGGAUACCUACGAGCUGGACAGGCCCAAGAUUGACAGCAAACUAUUCGAAACUUACACCCGCGACUGGUAUGCACGAGGUUGGCUAUCCAGGCCUCCAGUUAGAGAAUCCUCAGGAACAUCGACUCCCAAGAAGACUGGGCCGCUGGCAGGACGUGUUGCCGUUGUCACUGGUGCAUCCUCUGGGAUUGGCGCGGCUGUUGCUGAGGCUCUAUCCAGAGAAGGCGCCCACGUCGUCCUUGCUGCCCGACGGACUGAAGCUCUCGAAAAGCUGAAAAUCAAGCUCUCAGCCUCGCCUGGCAAGGUCCUCGUUCACAAGACUGAUGUGACCGAUAAGGCACAAGUUGAAUCCCUCAUUCAGAAGGCUAGCUCCUUGUCUGAUACUGGUGUCGAUAUCCUUGUCAGCUGCGCUGGGGUGAUGUAUUUCACCAUGAUGGCCAAUAACCAGACCGAUGAGUGGGAACGUACAGUGGAUGUCAAUUGCAAGGGUCUGCUUCAUUGCUUGUCUGCGACCGUACCAUCGAUGCUUAAGCGCGGCAGUGGUCACAUCGUUGCGAUCUCUUCAGAUGCCGGUCGUAAGGUGUUUCCAGGGCUGGGCGUUUACUCUGCCAGCAAGUUUUUCGUAGAGGCUACGCUUCAGAGUUUACGACUUGAGACUGCUGGCACCGGCUUGCGUGUCACUAGUGUACAGCCUGGCAACACAGCUACGGAGCUUCUCGGUAUGUCGACAGACGCUGAAGCCAUUAAAAAGUUCGGCGAGCCUACUGGAGCGAAGGUCCUUGAUCCGGAGGAUGUUGCAGGAGCCAUCGUGUACGCUUUACGACAGCCUGAACAUGUUGCCGUCAAUGAGGUACUGAUCGAGCCACGCGACGAGCCAAUCUAG